GUCAAAAAAUUUAAAAUGUGGUUAAAAUAAAUUUAGAUGCAUAUGUCUUCUAUAGGUAAAAUAUUAUUUAAACACAUCAGAGUGCCUCAGGAGAUUUGUGACAGUUUACUAAUAUGCAAAAGUUUCACAACGGCUGUAUUAGCCACCAAAAGAUCUACACAUAUGAAUUUGGUCAUGAUUUGGGUCGCAGUAACAAUCCAUGGAGGAACCCAUAUUUUUUAAUGGAUUAGUCAAUACCCUUUUAAAUUGCAGAAUUUACAGAUGGACUAUUUCUAUUACUUAUACUUAUUUGGUUAUAUUUUUCCAUAAGUAACUAUUCAUUUGUUUGAGCUUCUUUAUAUUAACUUUAACUGAAUGUAAAAUUUAAAAUAUUAACUCCAAAGCAAUCUAUAAAUUUAUAAAUUCAUAUAUUCAAAAAAUUCAAAUUUUCCCCCAUUAUAUUUUCCAAACUGAGUCAUAAUUUUAGGCCUAGAAAUCAAGUUGGCUUUGGCACAAGUUUAUUCGCCAGGGUAACAGUAACGUGUCACUCUGUCAGUUAUUAACAUUUCACUCCUGUUAAAAGUGAAAUUUGAAACAGUCCGUUCCAGAUUUUCAGUUCCAUUUGACACCAAACUGAGCUGUGACAUCCAGAAAAAGUUUAAAAUUCCAAAAAGUCAGGAAGACAGGUAAAUCUCUCAAUUUUGACAUUCACCGCGUCACAUUCGCAAUGAGCAGCAGCGAUUCAUACGACUCCAGCUACGAGCAAUACGAUAACGAGGAGAACUCGUCGGAGCUCCCGUAUCCAUCGUACCAAUUCCCAAAUCUUGGGACACCGCUUCGCAAACGCCGCGGCAACUUGCCCAAGCAUUCUGUCAAAAUUUUGAAACGCUGGCUGUACGAACACAGGUACAAUGCUUAUCCCAGCGACGCCGAAAAGCUGACCCUGGCACAGGAGGCGAACCUCACCGUGUUGCAGGUGUGCAACUGGUUCAUAAACGCACGCAGGAGGAUCCUGCCCGAGAUGAUACGUCGCGAGGGGCUCAACCCUUUGCACUACACGAUCUCGAGACGGGGCAACCGACUGUCGACCGGUCCCUUGGAGCACGAACAUUCGGCCGCCGUUUGGGACGAGCCCGCGGCUAUGCCGCUUCUGGGCGGCCGCAAGCGUAUGCGGCUGAACCAGGACUACAUGUACGAGGACAGCAGGAGCCAGUUCGGGUUCGAGGAAGACAUCAGCCAGCAGAAUCACCCGGACGACUUCGACGAGAGUUCCAGCCAGUCGGAGGACGAAAGGAGCAACACGUGGGAGCCGGAGGAGUACCGCGCGCUUCCGCCAGGGCCGAAAGUGACGGUGGAGGCGACGCCACAAGUUAACCAGCUAACAGCCGCUACUACUACUGAGUAUGAGGGUGAAGAUAAGGACAAGUUCAGAUGCUUGUAUCUGUUGGUCGAGACGGCGGUGGCGGUUAGACAGAGAGAGAAGGAACAGGCUGAGGGACAGGAAGCUGGAGGAAGUUGUCCUCUUUAAGUGUUUUCAAUGAAGAUUUUUCAGGGAGAUCUAACUAAGAGUUGAAUUUUGUGUUCAUUAUGUUCGAGUUUUUGUAAUGUUAAAAAAUUCAUUCAUGCUAAACUAUAUAGUAUUUAAAAUGCUUAAACAUUUAUACAUUGCAUUACAUUUGUAAUUUAGUAUGAAUAGAAUGAUAUUUAAUUUAAAAAGCCAAUAAACAAUAAAAAAUGUAAAAAAGUAAAAAAAAAAAUAAAAAGUUG